CUUCCAUCGAGCAGCCAUCUUAAGUGUUUCUUGUGGGUAGCAAAGUUCACAUUGUUGCAUGUGAUACAGUAACCAAGCGAAGGGAUCGAUUUAAAGAUUAAAACUGGAAAGUCUGCUGUUAAACUAACAGUGUGCCUGUGGUCCUGUUGUUAGGAAGGGCUCAGCAGUGCCUGGGUGCCCAGGGAGCCACUGCCUGAGUCCCAAGAGGUCGACCUAAAGCAAACACUGGACAUGAGUGCUCCUAAAGGAGGCCUGGUCAUCUUCACGGCCAACUCCAACCCCUCCAGCAGAGAGCUGGCCCGGAGGAUCGCAGAGUGAGUCCACCAACAGCAGAGCUCUUCACACUGGGCUUCGGGGUCCGGCCCUUAAGAAAGUUAACCAUGGUUUUACUACAAUUGAAACCAAAAGACCAUGGCGAUUGGGGGUGGAGCUUGGGAAGGUGCAGGUCUAUCAGGAGGCGAACAGAGAAACAAGGGUUCAGAUUGAAGAGUCUGUGCGCGGCAAAGAUGUUUUCAUCAUCCAGACCGUGUCCAAAAUAGAUGAGUCUUACCACAUAAGGACUCAAAGAGAAAGAUUUACUUAAAGAUUUUUGCUCAAAAAAAGGAUGUUAACACCACCAUCAUGGAGCUGCUCAUUAUGGUGUACGCCUGCAGGACGUCCUGCGCUCGAAACAUCAUCGGCGUCAUCCCCUAUUUCCCCUACAGCAAACAGUGCAAAAUGAGGAAGAGAGGCUCCAUCGUCUCCAAACUGUUGGCCUCAAUGAUGUGUAAAGCUGGUCUGACUCAUCUCAUUACUAUGGAUUUGCAUCAAAAGGAAAUCCAGGGUUUCUUCAACAUUCCAGUGGAUAAUCUCCGGGCCUCUCCAUUCCUGCUGCAGUACAUCCAGGAAGAAAUUCCUGAUUACAGAAAUGCUGUAAUUGUGGCCAAAUCUCCAGCAUCAGCCAAAAGGGCCCAGUCAUUUGCUGAAAGAUUGCGUCUGGGCAUUGCUGUGAUUCACGGUGAAGCACAGGAUGCAGAAUCAGACCUGGUUGAUGGACGCCAUUCACCACCUACUGUCAAAAACAUUGGCGCCAUCCAUCCAAGCCUAGAAAUACCAUUGCUGAUUCCCAAAGAAAAACCACCGAUAACUGUAGUUGGAGAUGUAGGAGGACGAAUUGCCAUCAUAGUGGAUGACAUCAUUGAUGAUGUUGACAGUUUCCUAGCAGCCGCCGAAACUCUGAAAGAAAGAGGCGCCUACAAGAUCUUCGUGAUGGCCACUCAUGGGAUCCUCUCCUCAGAUGCUCCUCGACUAAUAGAGGAGUCGGCUAUAGACGAGGUGGUUGUCACCAACACCAUUCCACAUGAGAUCCAAAAACUCCAGUGUCCCAAGAUCAAAACAGUGGACAUCAGCAUGAUCCUGUCAGAAGCCAUUCGCCGCAUCCACAAUGGAGAAUCCAUGUCUUACCUGUUUCGUAAUAUAGGUAUGGAUGAUUAGCAGGUUCUUGUACAGUCAGUCAUAGGUCAAGAGUUUUUUUCUGUCCCUAUUGCUUGUGUCAUUAACCGUUUCUCUGUUUGUCAUCUCUCCAAACCGCUUGUUUUAUGUGUAAUAUUUUGAAAUAAUAAUAGUACGCUCGAAGAACCAGGAUGUGUAAAGGGUUGUUGACCAGAAAAUGAUUAUACUGUCAUCAUUUACUCAUCCUCCAUAGAUAUUUCUAAAUAACGAUAAAAACUGGAGGCCAUUGACUACUAUUGUAUUUUUUUUUUUACUAUGGAUGCUUUCAACAAUCUUCAAAGUAUCUUCUUUUGAGUUCAACGAAAAUAAAAGAAACUCAUAAAGGUUUGAAAGCACUCAGAGGGUGAAUAAAUGUUGACGUGUCAUUUGCUUUCCCUUUCAGUCUUGCGUGCUAAUGUGAAAACAGGCUUGAAGUGCAGGAAUUUUUCACCUCGUGAUCUCAAAUGUUGUCACUUUUUAAGAUUUCGAUUUAAAGGGAGAACCACUGGAUGCUAAAAGGACAUCUUCGGCUCUUUUAGCUGUAGAUCUUCUGUCUUUUCUCAUUUUUCUUUUUAAUAUUUAAAGAACGGAUAACUCCACUGUGUGGCCAACAACUCCAAAAUGUUUCCAAUUCAGAACUCUAUGCUGUGACAUAUCAGUGUCAGUGCCUCAUGAAUUGUGCGUUUUCGGUGCCACUAGUUGAUUUGUGUUCUGUCCGUGUUAGUGCUGAUGUUAAAUUAACAUUUAUUUUGUACACGCAAGGUACGUUCAUAGAUUUCAAUAUAGUGCUUAAGAUUGAAACUAAAGCCUAAUGCACUUGACUGAAUGUUUUUUCUUGCUCGAUUCUUCUACUAACACUUUGACACGAGAGUUUAGGUUUGAAGUUUUGCCAGUAACGGGACCGUGGAAAUGUUUGCCUCAUAAAUGUUUGGUCAUAGCGGCCAGAAUUUGCCUCUGAGAACUUCUCAUUUUCAAAUGAAAUGCAGGGUUUUUGUUAUGUGACUAAUAUGUCAGGCUUUUGUAUUUAUUCACAGCACUUGAUGACGAUGAAUAAACAGGUUAAAGACUUA